AUGGCAGUUUUUAAUCUUCUCAGUGAGCUCCACACAAAGAAAUCCGAUUUUCGUAUCUGUGCUAAGGUUGUUCGGAGAUGGACAAAUGAAACAGAAUGGUUUGGACAUUUUCUAGAGAUCAUUCUCCGUGAUGAGAUGGGUACAAUGAUCCAGGCCUCUGUUCCGAAUGGACUAGCUGAAAGAUUGAACGUUGAAAUCAAAGAAGGUGACAGUUAUGUCAUUGAAAAGUUUAACGUGUCACCUGUAGAGAAAAAUCCACCGCUAUUUGAUCAGAAGUAUCACAUCUUCUUCUCGACUCAUACUGUCAUGAGAAGUGUCUGA